AUGCGAAUACAUUCAACCACACGACCAUGGCCGGCAGUGGUAGCGGCAGCGGCAUGCUUCGUCUCCCGGAUCGUGGCAGCAAAUGUGGACGACCCCGGUCAGAUUGCACGCGAUAACAUCAUCAUCCAGUUCGAUGACUCGAGCUUCACGACAGACUCUGGGUCCGACGCCGCCGUCUACAGCGUGGAUGAGCUGGAUGGCCCGGUGCCGAGGACGUUUUACUGGACCGCGACGAAGCUCGCACCCGUGACAGAUGUGUGGCUCAUAGGCGAAGGGGCCGACUAUAUCGUUCAUCAGUCGCCAGAGGGCAAGGUGGGAAUGCCACCUGCGACCGCAGCCGUGAACAAUGUCGUGGCAGCAGGAUCGAAGGGCGCCAAGCGGGCGACCUCACAGGUUAAAAUGGAUGUAGACGCAUACCAGAAUAACACGGGAGGGAGCAUUACCAUCCGUGACCUCAUCCCGAUCGGUACUGAUACUAAUGGCGGGUUCGGCAAGAGACUGCAUUUCAAAGUCUUGUGGAAUUCAACAGGAGCCACCUAUAGUCGCACUUUCACAGUGACGAAUGUCACCGAUCUCUCCCAGCUCAAAGCCCUCCAGGAAGAGUUCAACUCCAACAAGCCAUACCUCCCGGAGGAGAUUCCCUCGGUGACCUCGGGCACACAGACGACGUCCGUCUCCGAGCCCACCGCAAGCACCAGCGUAGCCCUGACCUCUACGGUUUCGGGGCCGGCAAGCACAGAUAGCUCGGCCUCCGUAUCCUCCGAUACGAAGAAGAGUGGCGGAUUGUCGACCGGUGCCAUCGCCGGCAUCGCCGUGGCGUGUGGUGUUAUCGGACUCGUCCUUCUUGGCGCCGCCAUCUGGUACUUCUGUUUCCGACGGCGGCGCGGCGAUGGCGUCUCGGCCGCCCCCUACGGCAGCGACAGGCACCACCGCACGCAGGAGCUAAUCGCCGAGAAGGAGGCCAACGCCGGCGUCACCGAGUCGUCGCCGCACAGCCCGUACUCGGACGACAGCCAGCAGCAGCAGCACCCAGCGGGCAUGAACGGCAUGAACGGCAGCAUGUCCUUGCAACAGCCGCUGCCGAACGGGCGGGACUCGGCGCACUUCGCUGGCGCCGCAGCCCCGAUCAUGGCGCCCAGCCCGCACCCGCACAGCAUCGGGGACAGGUCGUACACGCCGUACAGCGACCACCGCGGCAGCGGCGUCGUGGGCACCCCCGAGACGCAGCAGUCGCAGCCCGUGCACUACGAGCAGCAGUCGGAACGGGGAGCGCCCAGCCCACAGCCCGCAUCACAGCCCGCGGCGGCGAGGUCGGUGUCGCCGCAGCAGCCCAUCACCGGGCGGUACGCGCACCUGGUGGAGGAGGGCAUGACGGAGGACGAGAUCCGGCGGCUGGAAGAGGAGGAGCGGCAGCUGGAUGCCGCCAUCGCAGACCGGGAGGCCGGCAGGGGGAGGUAG